UCCACUGUCUCCUUUGUUUUGGUUCUCGUUCUUGUCUUGCCCCCGUCCGAUCUGUGUCGUAUAUAAGACUUCGUCACUCGCUCGUCCACAAGAGAUCCAACUUAGCUCAACGGCUUCGUCUACAUUCGCUCUGCUCUCUUCUCCGUAUAAAUAAUCACCUAAUAAUACCUAAUUAUUUUACACGCGAGUUGUACAAAUAUCCCUUCAAGAUGCGUUUCUCUGUAGUAGCCGCCGGCCUCCUCGCCACCGUCGCGAGUGCCCAGUCCGAAACCAACACAAUCACUGACGUUGUCUCGGAUGCCGAGUCCUCUGCCACUGCUGCCGCCUCCGACGUUACGUCUGCCGUCCUCUCAGUCGUCUCUUCUGCCCUCUCCUCGGCUGAGCAGUCCGCCGGCGAGUCGGCUACCACUGGUGCCACCGGCUCAACUGGUUCAGUUCCCUCCGUCACCGUCAGCAUCGACCCUGCCCAGAGCUCCGCGCAGUCCGCCAUCCUCGAUUGCCUCAAGGCCUGCGCCGAUGACGAUGUCGACUGCAAGGCUUCGUGCAUUUCUGUGCCUAGCCCCGAUAACACAGCCGUCAAUCAGACCACCGAGUGUGUAGCCCAAUGCCCUCAGGGCAAGGGCACUGCUGCCGACAACCAGGCCUAUGCCGACUGCGUAAGCGGCUGCAUUGCCAAGUACUACUACACCUCGACCGGCGUCGCCAGUGCUACCAUUACCACUGGCACUGGCAGUGGCAGCAGCCGUACUACCACCGCUACGCCAACAGUCACUCAGGUUGAGUCCACCGUCACCUCUGACGGCUCUACCUUCGUCACGUCGUUCUCCACCACCGUCGCUCCCGCCUCAACUGAGACCGCCGACUCGUCCGACUCGUCCGCAACCACGUCUACCUCCUCCGCCGGCGCUGACAUGCUAUUCUCCCCUAUCGGCUCCGGUGUCGGGCUCUUCUCCUUCCUGGCUGCUUUCCUCGCUCUAUAAGUGUGGAAGUUAACCUGUACCUAUAAGUUGAAUUUUUAAACCGCUAUGGAUAGUAAUGGGUAUGGCUGGGUAUAUUAUAAUGCUGCCAAUGUUGGAUGAGAAUCUGAAUACCAAGGCGAAAGGAGUAGAUGCAUGAACGGAAAAUCUUUAAUAUUGGAUUUGGCACGUCGAUACUAAUUGCAGAUGUAGUCACGUUAUAUAUAGAACGCGAAUAUGAACCUGAAGUUGACGACCAUUCAUCAUUUACCU